AUGCUUAAUGCUAAGAGUUCUGCUACUCCAUUUAAUUCUUCUAUUGUUGCUGACUCAUCAAGACCUUUUGAAGACCCGGUUCUUUAUAGAAUCACAGUUGGUGCAUUGCAAUAUGUUACCAUCACCAGACCUGACAUUGCUUUUGCAGUUAAUAAAGCAUGUCAGAAAAUGCAGCUUCCCUCUAUUGCUGAUAGGUCUGUUGUUAAGAGAAUUUUGAGAUACUUGGUUGGUACCAUCUCUUAUGGUUUGCAGUUUACUCUGAUGCUGAUUGGGCAGGAAAUAUCACUGACAGGAGGUCCAAUGGUGGCCUAUAAAUUUUUCUUGGUCCAAAUUUAA